AUGCGCAAUAUUCGAUUUCUUUUUCUUACAGUAAUAUUCGAUUUCCAGCUUUUAGUUCCUUUUGUGUCUUACAAAUUCAAAAGGGAAAAAUUGAGUAUGGGAAUUCAAAUUACAUACCGAAUAAGAUAUAUUGCAGAUUAUCAUGCAAGCUUGCUGAACACUGUUUAUGAUUCUGAUUCUGGAUUUCUGUUGUUAAAUUUUAAGAUAGAACAGCUCAAUUCUUUUCUUUUUAUGGAAUCAAACACACCUUCUGAUAUUUCAUCAGCUCCAAACUCGCAACAAGAGAAUGAUGGUUUGGUAAAUGACAGAAACACCCAUUCUACAAACAAUGAAGAAAAUGCAGAUGAAGGGAGUUCCCAUUUUCAAAAGAAGAAAAGACCAAAGACUUCUCCAGUAUGGGCAGAUUUUACUGAAGUUAAGAUGCCUGAUGGGACUAUGAAAGCACAGUGUAGAUUUUGUAAAGGUCGACUCGCCAUAAUAUCAAGCUCGAGUACUAGUCAUUUGAAACGACACUUGAAGACAUGUGGCCCAAAAGCAGCUCAUGACUUGAAACAACAAAAGAUCACUUUGCAAGCAGCUGAUUCAGGAUGCAAUCAAGAAAAACAUGUCACUCCCGCCCUUACUGAUGGAAAGUUUGAUAUGAUGAAAAUGAGAGAGUCUGUUGCGCAUUGGAUACUUAUGCACGAGCAUCCUUUCACAAUUGUUGAAGAAGAAGGAUUUAACAUGAUGCAAAAGCGUGGAAUGCUUGAAUGGGAAAAUGUCUCACGUGUUUCCAUUAAAAAAGACUGUGAAAAAGUUUUUGAGAUAGAAAAGAACAAGCUGAAGAAUUUAUUAAAGUCUAUUUCAAAGAUUAGUGUGACCACGGAUAUGUGGAAGUCUACCAAUCAGAAAAUCGAGUAUAUGGUUCUUACAGGCCAUUUUGUUGAUUCUAAUUGGCAAUUACAAAAACGUGUUCUUAGCUUUAUUCACUUACCUCCUCCUCAUCGCGGGCUUGAGAUUGCUGACAAUCUUUACAAGUGUUUUAAGGAUUGGGGUAUAGAGAAUAAGGUGUUCACUAUUUCCGUUGACAAUGCCUCAAAUAACGAUUCGGCUGUUAGGAUCCUAAGUGAAACUUUUUCAAGGGUUAAAAAGUUGCCUUGUGGAGGAAAGUUGUUUCAUGUACGUUGUUGUGCACACAUCUUGAAUCUUAUGGUUCAAGAUGGACUUUCUAGAAUUAGCUAUAUUAUUGAGGAUAUUCACGAAACUGUCACGUUUAUCAAUCAAAAUGAAGGGAGACUUAAUUUGUUUUCUGAGAUUGUGCAACAGUUGCAAUUGCCACAUAGAAAACUUAUUCUUGAAUGCAAGACAAGAUGGAAUUCAACAUAUCAAAUGUUGUCGGCUGCAAUCAAAUUUAAAGAGGUGUUUCCAAUGUACAAAGAAAGAGAGCCACGCUAUCUUUGUUGUCCUAGCAAUGAUGAUUGGUUGAAGGUGGAAAAGGUAUGUGAAAUCUUAGAAGUUUUUGACUCUGCGACUAAUAUCAUCUCUGGGAGUGAGUAUCCGACUUCAAACUUAUUUCUUAAUGAAAUUUUUAGAGUGAAAGUUUUGUUGGAUAAGAAGUUUGAAGAUUCUAACGAAGAUGAGUUUGUUCAUGACAUGGUUAAGUGCAUGAAACUAAAAUUUGAUAAAUAUUGGGGAGAUUGCAACUUAAUGAUGUCUAUUGGUGCUAUUUUAGAUCCUAAGUGCAAAAUGAGGGUUAUUGAGUUUUGCUUUCCUAGGAUGUAUCCUGGAAAUGAAGCUUGUGAAAAUAUAGACAAAGUGAAAAAAGCUUUAUAUGAAUUGUAUAAAGAAUAUGCAGAUGAGUAUUACUCUAGUAGUGGUGAAGGAAAUGGCGAAAGUGAUGGUUUAAGAGGAAACAAUGUGACUAUUCAAGCUUCAUCUUCUGGUUGGUCUGAGUUCGCUCAAUUUGUAAGAACAGUUGAAAAUAUACAACCACAAAAAUCCGAUUUAGAUAAUUAUCUUGAAGAGAGUUGUUACAUUUGUGAAGAGGAUCCAAUACCAUUUGAUGUUUUACAAUGGUGGCGGUCAAAUUCGUUAAAGUAUCGUAUAUUGUCACGCAUGGCUCGAGAUAUACUUGCAAUUCCUAUCACCACUGUUGCAUCGGAAGCUACUUUUAGUGUGGGUAGUAGAGUUAUUGACACAUAUAGAGCAUCCUUGGCUACUGAAACGGUAGAAGUCUUACUUUGUGGUGGAGAUUGGUGUCGAAGCCUCUAUGAAAGAGAAGCAACAAAUGGAGAUCAAUCUUCCCAUUCCAUAAUAAUUUUUUUUGUUGUUUUUACUGAUUUUUAUGCUUUUUUUUGUUGUGUAGAAGCUGAAGAAGUUGUUUUGAUGCUGAGUUGGUAUAUUUCUGAAGUAUUAAAAGCUGUUUUGCAUUGA